CACAAAACCCUCCCCAUCUCGCCACGCUCUCUCCCCCAUCUCUCUCUCUCUCUCACCGUGCCCCUCUCGCACUAUAAAAGCGAGGACUCCUCCCUUGUAGAGAGCGAGUGAGACGGUGUAGUUUUUUUGGACGAAACGCGGCUCGUACCUCUUCCCUGAUCUUGCUCCUCCGAUCCUCGCUCCGUCUCCCACGUCGUAGCAGCCAUGUCGAAACUGGAGUGUGCCAUGGAGCAGCUGAUCAAGCUGUUCCACUCGUACGCGCGCGAGGACAACGACAAGUACACCCUGAGCAAGGCCGAGCUCAAGAAGCUCAUCACCGCCGAGCUCCCCACACUGUGCCCUCAGGGAGCCCAGAAGACCGAUUCCCUGGACAAGACCAUGAAGGACCUGGACACGAACGGCGACCAGCAGUUGGACUUCCAGGAGUUUGUCAUCAUGAUCGCGGGCCUGGCCAUCAACUGCAACGACUUCUUUGUGGGCCACCAGGACCCCCCCAAGGUCAAGGCCAAGGGCAAAGUUGCCGCGGCCAAGAAGAAGUAGACGGAGGAGGAUGAGGAGGAGGAGGGGGGGAGGGAGGGGGGGUAGCCCCUCCCCUCCCUCCUCCCCACCCCCCACCCCUUACCCCCACACCACCCCCCACAUCUCCAGUUGGGGCAUCGUCAUUCCCAGAGAUUCCAAUUUGACUGGAAUAUUUGGGAAUGCCGUUCCAGGAGUUGUUUUGCAUUCCUAGUUUUGUCCUCUUACCUCACAUUCACAGCAACCUGUUCAUGGUGAUAUUGGCUUUUUAAUUGUUGGCAUAAGGCACUACCACUAGAGUACAAAGUAUGCCCAUCCAUAGCAGGCUAUUGUAGCCUAUAUUCAUAGAAACCAGCAUUGUAGAGAUCGUAGUAAUAUAAGGUAUGACAAUAUAAGAUUGACGUGGAUAAGGUGUUUCAGUUACAUUUUGCACUCUCGUGGUAGUGCCUUACGCUGGUAAUGAUUACUCCCAGGCCAGCUCGGUGAACAUUGAUGCUCAUCGCUGCCUGCUACACUGGAGAGAGAGGGAGUGGGAGGGAGGGGUGGAGAUAUCCUGGAGGUGGGAACUAUGGCUAAGGGUGCCGGCUGCCAACAUUGUAUAAUCCCCGGGUUUGCCGAUCCGCAUUGGAUGCGGCGGGGAAUGUAAGCCACGGUGCCUGAAUGGAAUCGUUCAAAACCGGUGAUUUGUCGAUGAGUGGAAACGAUGAAGCGUGCAGGGGGCCGGUACCAAACCACGCUGUGAGUUGAUGCCGAAGAGAUGGCGACGGUACAACCUCAUUGACGCAAUCGUGUGGUUGUGGCCAUGCAUUCCAAACCAUGGACCAUACAGUAAACCCGUAGAGACACAUAGAGAUACAUAAUAUACGUAUUGAAUUGGCAGCCACAGUCGUAAGAUUCGUGGCCAAGCAACUCACGCGUGUAGAGUAACACCGCGGUGGCCUGCACUCCUUUAACGGAGGAACGGCGACUCGGCACGAGCGCCCUCUCUGCUGAAGCCCUCCCGUCGUGGCCAGCAGCAACAAAACUCGACACGAGCGCCCUCUCUGCUGAAGCCCUCCCAUCGUGGCCAGCAGCAACAAAACUCGACAUCGAGCUCCUGAGCCACGUCUUGCCACCGCCGUCGUGUGCGACGAUACAGCCACGCGCAGAGAACCCCGACUCCCUCGGCUGCUGUUCUCAACGUAAAUUCUUUUUUAGUAUUUUGUCCGCUUGACAAACCAGACAAGGCCAUCUCCGUUGUGAACAAUAAAACAAACGCCGUCGAUGA